UUUAAAUAUUACAUGUGACACGACAUGUCGCCUAGACGGGCGCCUAGACGCCUAGGCGGUAUGGGGGUCCGCUGGCGCCGCGCCUAGCCGCCGUGACAAGUAUGGUAGGUUGGCCAUCUUCUUUAUUACAGGCUUGACGUCCUCUUUUAAUCUUCGUUCAGAUUGUAUUGUCGUGUUGACAGUUAAUUUGGAAUCACUAAACAUAUACGGAUCAUGAUUUUUUAGUUAAUUUGAUGUUCAAUCUACAUUUGUCUUUCCAAUUUCAGAUUCUUAUGUUGAUUUGUAUUUACCCAUCAUAGAUAAUUUUUUUCAGAUUGCAUGUUUUUUACUGGACUGUACUUUAUUGAUCUCGUGUGUGGUCUAUUUAAGUAAUCAGAUUGUAUAAAUAUUUGUUUUAGGUGUAUUUUACGACUAUCUCUGGUUUGUAUUUAAAGUCUGGUCCGUGGAGGUCUAGGAAUGAAAUUAGUGUGUUAUACGAUAGUAUCAGUUUUACUUUUUCAUCUGAUCGUUGGGUUAACUUCAUAUUGAAUCUACUUUUUAUUGCUUUCAACUUCUGAUUCUAAGGUUAGUUUGAAGUUGAGUUUAGUUUUCAUACUCCAGAUUCCACGCCGGUUGAAUGGCGCCGCUCCUUGGCGGCCCUAAUCAAUAAAUGCGGGAGGCGUAUGCCUCAUCAGGGUUGCUCUCAAUAAUCGAUCGGCGAUUGCCUGAGCCAAAUAGAAAUACGAUUUAGAAGCUUCAGUGACGAUCAAUCGGCGGGAGCAGGGUGGCAAAUGACCGUACAGUGCAAAGGCAGGAGCAGAAAAUCUACUCAUGGGCUAUGGAUUUGAAGUUAUUAACCAUGAGUUUGGAUGACGAGAUGAACAAGGAAGAUGAAGUUUUAACGGCCCAUCCUCUUCCUGAACGGCGCCUUGGAUUGGUUGCGUGGCUAGAGUUCAGAAAACGACACUUCAAGGUAAGUGAAGAAACUUCAAAUGAUUCAGCUAGACAGGACGACAGGUACAUCCUAAUGAUCAGGUAACUAAUUUUCUUAGUCACAGAGGCCACACAUGUUAUUAUUUCAACUUGGUGAGCAUUGAUUUAACUUCGUAGGAUUUUAACUCGGCAGCUGAAGACUCAAUUUGGAUGCACAUGGCUUUCUAAAGGAGGAAUGCCUGAACUAUCUGACAGCUGGGAUGAACAAAAAACUGGCAGCAUGCAUGUUUGUUCAGACUUGUGGUAUUACUUCUAGCUGCUUCACUUGAGGUUGUGGUUUCAUGUAAAUUUAAUUAGUUUAAUGAUCAGAAUGAGUUUAAUGUAAUUCUUUGUUAUUUUCAUCUUCGAUUUUAAUGAUCACAAUGUGUUCUGUGGUUGGAGUUAUGUAACAGCCUCUACAACAACAACAAUAUCAUUAUCCUAGUGCCGCAAAGGCUCCCACCUACGGUGGAGUAAGGGGGUCGGAUGUAUGCAGAACAUAAAAAGAUUGUUUCCGAUGACUCAUGAUGAGAAUCACGUUGAAAAUUGCAUGGACUUACCGUUGCUUCAUAAUAGAGAAGGGCAAAUUGUUUAUUGAGUCAUUUUGCUUUAUUCCAUCAUAUUUUCAAGCCAAAAAUAGUGAGUAUUUGCCUAUUUGGCUCCAUUGGAAAUGUUGGGAACCUAUAUAGGGGGUGUUUGGAUCUGAUUCUCAAAACUGAUUCUGCUCCUUCAGAGAGCAGAAGCAGAAGCUGGAGUGUUUGGGUGAAAUUCCAGAAGCACUUCUGGUGCUCUAAUUUACUCUCAGAAUCAGUUUUUUUAGAAGCUGGGGGGUACCAGCUUCUGAAAACUGAUUCUGAUUCUGCUUCUGCUUUAAAAAAGAAGCAGAAUUAGAAUCAAUUCCAAACACCCCCAUAAUAGCCUCUGAGGUUGGAAAACAAGGUACUAUAGCCAUUCUGAGUCAAUUCCACUAUAGAAAUGUACUUGGCAUAUGUCUUCUUUUCAUGGAAGUAGUUCCUCAAUGCUACCUUUGUUUAUAUGAUCAGAGAAAAGUUCUCAAAGAUCUGAAAGAGUGAAGUCUGUGGAUCUGUAUCCAACAGAGCCAUGGUAAAUAUGAUUUGGCUUCCUCAUCCAGUAUUUUGGCUAUCAUUUUGUAAUCCUAAUGCAUAUUUGUGACGGCAUUGUUCUAAUUGAGACCAAGCUUGUCAACGGCGCGCAAUGGCGCUUGCGCUGGCCUCUGCGCCAGAAAAUGGGCCGUGGUGCUGGGUAUACACAUGGCGAUGCCAUUGUCUCGCCAUCGCCAUGGCAAUGCACAGACUUUUUUAACACAUCACCGGGUAUUUGGUCUGGGAUUUUGGGGCUGUUGGGCCUGCUGAAUGCUAACCUUAAUAAAACACUUUUAAAACUUAAUAUUUUAGCCCAUUAUACUUAUAACAACCCUAACAAAAGUAAGUAAACACACAAAGCCAUAGUGCGGACUCUAGAAGUUAAAGCUGCGAGUCUGCGACAAAAGAUGAGCGCCAAAAGACACAACCAGACGCGACAAAUGUGAACUCAUUGACUUCUUCCAACUACAAAAGUUAUACUUCAGCUAACUACUUUAUAAUAACAGUAUGUUCAGAUAAUUUAAAAUGAUGUUUUACUUUAUAGUUUAGUGAACCAUUUUACUUUAUUCCAUCAUAAUCUCAAGCCAAAAAAUACUUUAUGUUAAUUUUAAAUGAAGUUUUAAAUUAACAUAAAUGUUCAUAUAAUUUAGAACAGCUCUGACAGAUCAAGUGAUCAACUUCAGUCCCAUACUUGAUACUUGCAAGCCCAACAACAUAACUUUUCUGACAGAUCAAGUUUAUUUGAAAAUAACUUGCAUAUAUAAGCCAUAAUCCAUAACUUGCAUAUACAAGUUUAUUUUCAAAUAUCAGUCCCAUUCUGAAGUUGAUCACUUGAUCUGUCAAAGUUUAUAAGCCAUAAUCCAUAACUUGCAUAUAUAAUUAAUAAGUUUACUUUUGUUGUUAUCCAUAACUGGCAAAUGAAAGCCUGCAUUUGGCAAAUGAAACAGUUGGAGUUGUUGGACUUAUUCAUUUAUCAAAUAAACCUGCAUUUAGCCACUUCCUGAAAUUUAAAGCCUUUCUGAUUAAGAAGUAUCAGUUUGAUAUAUCAAAUGAAACCUGCAAUUAUAAGCCACUUUCUGGAGUUGUUGGACUUGCUUAAGAAGUAUCAAUUUGAUACUUCAAUUUAGUUGAGAACUUGAGAUGAUCAACAGUUUAAAGUCCUUUAAACUUAAAAAUUCAUAUUUUAAAUACUUGCAGUUUUUACUUCAACUUGCGGUCACUGAAGUUUUUAUGUUUUUUGAAUAUUACUAUCCUCCGUUUUUUUCAAUCGCAACAUGUUGAAUUUUACACUAUUCGCAUGUUCUAUUUUGACUACAUUUUACACUAUUAUUUUAUGAAGAUUAUUUUUUUAAUAAAAUAUUGUUCAAUUCAUCUCAUUACAAAUUUUCAAAAUAUGAUUUUUAAAAUUUUUUGCUAAUAGAAAAUAAGAUAUAUUUACGGUCAAAGAUGUGUGUUGGCAAAUGUGAAAUGUUGACCGUUGCAACUAAAAAAAACGGAGGAAGUAUGUUUUUUGGAAGUACUUUAAACUAUUUUAACUUCACAUGUUUUGGUUAGAAUGUUGUUAUUCAACUUUUUAUCAUGUUUUGGUGGUUGAGUUGAUGAGCUAUAGUGUCUAUCAUUCGUUUUGAAGUUUCUUUUGUCACAUGGCGAUGCCAUAUUUGCGCCAUCGCCAAUGGAAAUGGCUUGUGCACCACAGAUGUCGCCAUGCGCCAUGACCACUAUGAUUGAGACACAGUUCUUAGACUGUCAAGUUUAAUUUGUGUCACAACUCACAAGAGCUUUUCUCCAUUUCAUUGUCUAGCAGUGUUCGUGUUGGACCGGACUGUAGAACUAUUUAAGUCAUACUCCGUACAUCUUUGCUAAUAUAAAAAUUUACCCAUUUUCCUUGCAUGAUAUUCACAAGUUUGUAUUCUCGUACUGUGUACAUCUGGAAUUACCAAAACAGGUAAUGACAUUUCACUUAGUGUAGGGGUGCAAACGAGCUGAGCUGAACUUGAACCUGGGCAUGCUCGAGCUUGAUAAGAAAGCAAUGGCUCGAACUCAUUUGCACCCCUUCUUAAUUAUUGUUUUAAGUUCAUCAGAAUUGGAUCAGACUAAGUUCAUCACAAAUAUAACCUCUUAGCUAAUAUGACUAAAUUUAGAAGCGCGCCAUUAUAAAACACAAGGCACAUCCAAGAUUUAUAAGAAAAUUAUCUUAUCUGCAAUGACUUGUAAAAAUUACUUCAUAAGUUCCACAUAUCUGACAAUACAAACAUUCAAGUGAUGUUUAUUUAAAGUGAUGCUUUGCUGCUCUAUAUUUAUUUAUAUCUUUAAUACUUCACUGUCAGCCACAAUCCAUUGCUUACGAGUUACAACCAUUAUACUUCAUGGUCUGAGUAUUAACUUAGACCAUAUCCUCCACCCCUCAUUAAUCUCCUACUUAUAUAGUGCAGCUAAUGGAUGUCGUCCCAUUCCCAUAGACCCAUUUGCCGUUAACUAUCGACUCCUUCCAACAUUCUGUAAGAUAGGUUUUCCUGUUCCGUUGUCAACCUUUCUGUGCACACAUUGCCAAAUUUGUGGUUCUGCUGAUUUCCGUACUCUAACACUUGUAUUUUCUCUUCGCUGGUCAGUAUGUCAAUUGUCAAACCAUUCGUUUCUCCUAGUCCACAUCCCAUGUUUCACUUUUAUCUUCUCUGCAGCUUACUUUUGCAAAAGCAGACCUAACAUUUUAUCUCAUCAUCAUUCAUCAUCAUCAUCAUUACCUCAAUACCGCAAAGGCUCCCACCUUCGGUGGAGUAAGGGAGGGUCCAAUGUACGCAGUCUUACCCUUGUACUAAAGCACAAAGAGACUGUUUCCGGAUGACCCAUAGUGAAAAUUGCGUCAAAAAUUGCGUGGACUGACUGCUGUUUCACACUAAAGAAGCGCAGACAGUUUAGUGAGUCAUUUUGCUUUAUUCCAUCAUAUUCCCAAGCCAAAAGUAGUGAGUCUUUGGCUCCACUGCAAAUGAUAUAAAAGACCUAAUAUUCUAUCUAAGUGUGCAAAAAGAAAGAACCAUGGCUUGAUUACAUGUAAUCACUGAUGGUGGUGCUCAGCUUCUCUGUCAUAUAAAGAUUAGUGACAUUUUGCAGAGGAGAUUGAGUUUUUUUUCAGGUUACCGACCCUACUGGUGUUCACAAUAAAGGACGAGAGAAGAUGAAGAUUAUACGGUUGGUGAGGAUGCCCUUGUAACUACAUAGGUGAGAAGUUUGUGGCUGAUGAAAGAUAAGUCUUGCAGAGGAAUAUGCUUGCACUAUUAUGAAGAGGGAGUAGGUCAGGUAUAUAUAUAUUAUGGAGUAGAGCCUGUCAGUGGAGAGUUUUUCCAUCUUUGUUUUGAUAUUCAAGUACUUUGAAGUGCCACCCAAGUAUCAGAUCUUACAUUAGUCCAUUUAGUUCCAUCUGAAAUUUGCUAUUAACCACAUUUUGGUACUCAAUUUUUUUCUUAUACAUUAACUGUUCAUGGCUCUAGUUUCCAUGUAUUGUGUAUUAGAAUCUAGUGCUUACAUAUGGAAUUUUUGGAGUAAUGAUCUUCCGGUUGUCUAUUUAUUACUCGUGACAGCAACUCUUCAGGAAUUUAAGGCAGUUAAUCUAGCAUUGGUGGAGCUAUGCCUAUACUCAAUCAAGGAGCAUCCAGAACAGUUCAAAAGCAGCUAUUAUCUGCAUUCAAGAAAACCCAGGACAUAACACCAAAACAGAUUUAGAGAAAAUUGUCUACUUAUCAUGUAAGUAUGUUCAUCUUCCUCAAUCCUUCUUAUUGUUUUCCAUUUGAACUUAGAUGUAGGUCUCCAUGUUUUUUUUAUGUUUUUUACUAACACUGAUGUUGGUGCAUGAUGAUGUCAAUCAGGAUUACUUAAACUUAUUGAUUCAGGUAAUAAAAGCUAAAAUUCCUGUAAUCUAUGUUCAUUAAUAGUUCAAUGUAUUGCUGCUUUAAUUGAAUCGUGAGAAGAAACAUUUUCGAUGCAACAUUUAAUAAAAUAUUCAAAUCUCAUGCUUCUCAAUUAGCUAAGUUUUUUCUUUCUAAAUUUGAAGCCAGUGUUUAUAUUGUUUUUCUUUUAUUUUACUCUCAAAUGAUUAUAAUGGGUGUCAAUUUUUGUGGAAGAAAUAUUUCGUUUUUAUUGUUUUCUACCUAAACACUAUUAUUUCUUAUAUUUUCAUUUAAAAAAGGAAUCUUAAUAUUUCUCGAGGGCCUACAGAGGGCCCUUUGAGCCCUGACUGUUCCAGAUUCGAUCAAAUUAUGUUUUUAGAUGUAUGUUUUUAUGUUCUUUUUUGUGUGUAAACUUAUGUAAGAAGACUACUCUCCCUAAAUUUGAUCCGAUUACGUCGUUGUGCAUUUCUAAUGAAGGAACUUAGUUGAACUACAGAGAUUCAGUUAGUCCAUCUUAAAUUUUUCUUUUCAUCACAUUUGACUCUUUUUAAACAUUUUGACUAUUUAUUUUUUUGUGUGAAUUCACUAAUUGUAACCACUAACCAGCAUAAUGUGGCACACUCUGAAACCUGAUGCUAGAGUUAUGCCAUUGUAUGUAGGCCUUAUUUUGUAUUCUGAACCACAAAUUGGAUCCGAAAGAAAAUAAGAAUUGAAUUACGAAUCAGUAAAUCACGGAUCUAGAAUAUGCUGUUUAGCAACUCAGAAUAUCCCAUGUAUUAGUAAAGAUAUCAAAUCUUCGAUGGCAGGAUCUUGUUUCAAUAGCCCAAAUUAUCAAACAUUCAAACUGAGCCAUCAAGUAUUUAGUAAAAAAAAAUGUUGUUAGCAGAAAUUAUGAAUAUGUAUUGAGAUUUCUAAAGUUUUACUCCAUGUGUUAUGUAAUAAAUGCAAAUGCGAACACAACUCCAAACAAAUAUCUAAACUUGAUUUUUUGUGUUUUAGCCUCUUCUAAUGUGAUCUCUUUUUUCGUUUCAUCUUUUACUUACUAGACAUUUUUCUACUAUGAUUAUUAUUAUUAUGGCUGUUAUUUAUUUUCAUCAUCAUCAUUACCAAUAUUUGGAAGAAAGUGAUGGCAUUUCUAGGUAGAGGAAUGAGUAAAAACUGUUCAGAAAAAAGAGAAGAGAGUGAGAGAGGCAAAGGCAUUCUGGUCUAUCAGCGGAAGUCGAGAAAUAACAUGGAGAAUCCAUCUUUCUUCUCAAGCACAACAAAAUUAAUCAUGGAUCGGCAAGAGCGAGGAGAAGCUGCUCCCCCCACCUUCUCUGCCACAGUAUGGGCUGAUGCAAAUUCAAGCCACCUCUUGACUUGUGCAUGCCGUUUCUGCCUCACUGAAGCCUCCUACUCAACUCCUCCUUCCCGCUCCAUUAUCCUUGACCUUAACGCCUGUCCUCGUCGUCCUGAACCAGCCAGGACUGGAAACACUCCCAAUGUCUCUGCAGCUGGUACUGUGUCAUCUUGGGUAAAAGUGCACCCCGGCAUACUGAUGCCCCCCCCUUCAUGGUCUUCCCCGCGCCAAAACCAAUUGCCACCCCUCCCCCGCCGCAAUGAAAUCUCACUGCCGCCGUUGGGAGAUAUUUCGUUCAGAGAGUUUUUAAACUUUGGCAGUAAGAAAAGAGCUUCUUGUUGUAGGAAUAUGCUACACAAAGGAGGGGUUUCUGAUGAGGAGUUGAAGAGGUGGUUGAAGGAGGAACUGUUCAUUCGGGAUGUGGAUGCAUAUGCCUCUAUUCUCCGGAGUCCCAACAUGGAUUUCGGGAGACUCCUCCCCGGAUCAUCAUCAGAUAAUGAGCAUCGUCCGUGAUAUUAGUGUGUCUGUACCUAGACAUUACUUCACAUAUCAAUAUAUGUACCGAAUUUAUAUUUUUGUUUCAUCUGCUACUCCGGUACUCCAUGAUUGUGUGUGUUCUGUAUUUUAUGAGUGUGUCAUAUGCAUAUCCUGAUUUCUUUAUUUCAUCGCUUCAACAGUAUCUUAGUUCAUUUGAAGAUAGCACUAAUGUUUCACCAGAACGUAAUGACAGCAAUUGAUUUUUAAAUGCUGACGCCUUUUCAG